GAUGCACCGAAAUCUUUCAUCCCGGGCCGCCGGAUUUUCGUUACUGCCCUUUGCAUGUCUAAUUUUGCAUGCAGUGGGAUGGAAGUCAAACUUUGACCGCGUUUCGUUCUCUACAUAAACCAUGACACUGCCCGUCUUCUCAAUUCGGCUUGUAUCAUUCCAUUGUACUUUCAUUCAUAGGUUUGGCCAGAUAUUUCCAGAAUGAAGGUAUCAGUUGCGCUUAUCACGUCGUUUGCCGUGGCUCUUGUAAGAGGCCAAGCAGCGGGUUAUGCACAGUGUAAGUAGGAAUCUUUGAUACUGCUGUACUCUGCUGAUAAUUUAUAGGUGGAGGACAGAAUUGGACAGGAGCAACAACUUGCGCAUCGGGAUUCACAUGCACCUACUCAAAUGUCUACUACUCACAAUGCGUGCCAGGCUCAGGUUAGCUGUUUUCUGUAGAAAUUCUUUUGACAUCUACUAAAGUGGCAUCUAGGAGCUACAACUUUAACAACAAGCACUAAGGUUGCUUCUACGUCAACGACUAAGGCGGGCACUUCGACCGCAAGCACCGCCACCGCGCCUGCGAGCACGGCUACAACCAUAACUAGUUAUGCUAAGGCUGUAGGCACUGUAUUCCAAAUCAAUGGAAAGAAGACAUACUUUGCAGGAACCAAUUGUUACUGGUGUGGUUUCUUGACCAACAAUGCAGAUGUUGACUUGGUUAUGUAUCAUCUUGCUGCUGUAAGUUCAUUGAUAGCCUGUUAUUGAGACUGUCUAACAUAUUAUAGUCUGGACUUAAAGUGCUUCGAGUCUGGGGUUUCAAUGACGUCACAACAACACAAGGCUCUGGUAGCGUUUGGUAUCAAUCUUUCAUUACAGGUCAAUCACCAGUAAUUAAUACCGGUGCCAAUGGUCUUCAGAGACUCGACUACGUAGUACAAUCGGCUCAAGCUCAUGGAAUCAGUCUCAUCAUCAACUUUGUCAACAAUUGGACCGAUUACGGAGGAAUGCAAGCAUAUGCCACAUACUUUGGCAUUUCCUUGACAGAUUGGUACACCAACACAGCAGCUCAAGCACAAUACAAAGCAUACAUUGCUGCAGUAGUAGCUCGUUAUAAGACAAACACCGCAGUCUUUGCUUGGGAGCUUGCCAAUGAACCCAGAUGUAGUGGAUGUGCUACUUCAGUCAUCACCAACUGGGCAACAGACAUUUCUCAAUACAUCAAAUCUCUCGACCCUAACCAUAUGGUGACCGUUGGAGACGAAGGGUUCGGUCUCACCGUAGCAAACGAUACCUCUUACCCAUUCACUUCAGGCCCCGGAACAUGGUUCACCGACCUCCUAGCCAUCCCUACCAUUGAUUUCGCUACCAUCCAUCUCUACCCAGGCUCAUGGGGAGAGGUUGAUUCUUGGGGAUCUUCUUGGAUCUCUAGUCAUGCUAAUGUCACUUCCCUUGCUGGCAAACCACUCGUCUUGGAAGAAUAUGGUACCGACACCCAUCUCAAUGAAUUAGCAUGGCAAGGAACUGCUCUUAAUACCGACACUGCUGGUUCUAUGUACUGGCAAUAUGGAGAUACUCUUUCCACGGGAAAGACUUCGGACGAUGGAAACACCAUUUACUAUGGAACAGACGAGUACACAACUUUGGUACUCAACAAUGCCGCUGCUAUGAACGCAAAAGCCGUGCCAUAAGAGGUGGAGUUUUGAGCUUUGUUGACGGAAGAGAAGGAAACGAAGUGGUGACUGUAUAUAGCUUUCUUAGUUGUGAAUAAAUAUCAUAUGCUG